AUGGCAUCUUUUCCAAGGGAACAGGAGGGACUUGAUGUGGAGCCAGGAGAAGAUGCACAGGCAGAUCACAGUGGUGUCCGUGCAGAAGGCAAUUUGGAAGAGCAAGGUAAUAGUGAAAUACCCUCAGAAGCACAAAAGAACCCUGAGAAGGUAGAAAAGAUUUCAGAAACUUUCUUCUACAAGUAUGAAGAUAUAUGUUCACGACCAUUUGUCUCUGAAGACUCCGGGAUACCCGUUAACCUGCUUACUUUGAAACAUUCCUUCGGCUAUGACUCCACCAGACCUGUAAACCUGCUGAUGAUAGACAGCCAAACACUGCUGUAUAUAGCAGGCAACCACAUAGUGAUCCUGAACCUGAAAACUAAAUUUCAGAGAUAUCUCCGGAGCAGCAGUGGUUGCGGAAUUGGGUUUAUCACAGCACACCCUACUAAGCAGUACUUCGCAGUAGGAGAAAAAGGAGAGAAGCCAAACCUUAUCAUCUACGAUUUUCCUUCACUGAGGCCCUAUAGAAUCCUGCAAGGUGGAACUGAGAAAGCCUAUGUUUUUGGUGAUUUCAACCGUGCUGGCACUUUGCUGGCCAGCGUUGGGAGCAGCCCUGACUACACGCUGACUGUCUGGAACUGGAAACAAGAAGAGAUUGUGUUGAGGUCAAAAGCUUUUUCACAGGAUGUUUACAAGGUCACGUUUUCUGCUGAGAAUGAAGAACAACUAACUACAUCUGGAGCAGGACACAUCAGGUUCUGGAAGAUGGCUCUCACAUUUACUGGUCUCAAGUUACAAGGAGCAUUGGGCAGGUUUGGAAGAACAGCAGUGUCUGACAUUUUAGGUUAUGUGGAGCUGCCUGAUGGGAAGGUUGUCUCAGGAACUGAGUGGGGCAACUUGCUGCUUUGGGAAGGGGGGCUCAUUAAGGUAGAGCUCUGUCGAAGUGGAGACAAGCCCUGUCACCAUGGUCCUAUCAGCCAGUUAGUUCUUGAUGAAGGAGGACUUUACACUGUUGGAAAAGAUGGCUUCAUUCGGGUGUGGAACUUUGAGACAAUAGAUGCUGCUGAUUCUGUGGAUGACACAGGGUUACUGGAAGUGGAACCUAUGAAUGAACUUUGUGUUGGCGAGAAUGCCAGCUUGAGUUUCAUGUCAAAAGUUCACGACUGUGGACAGCCUGUUUGGUUCGCUCAGGAUGCAAAUGGAGCAAUCUGGAAGCUGGAUUUGACUUUUUCAAAUAUGACUCGUGAUCCAGAGUGUCUGUAUACCUUUCACUCUGGGAGUAUUGAGGCCGUGAGUGUCUCUCCCGGUGCAUACUUUAUGGCCACCACAGCUCUUGACCGGUCAGUGCGUAUCUAUGAUUUCAGCAGCAACAGUCAACUGGGUGAAAGGAAGUUUAUACAAGGAGGAACAGCACUGACAUGGGCACCACUUGUUGUAAAUCCUAAAGGAAGUCUAAUUGCUGUGGGGUUUGAAGAUGGUGUCGUGCGCAUCAUUGAAGUUUAUGUUCCAAAAAGACUGCCUGGUCUUGCGGGACAGGCCAAUACAGAGAAUGCAGAGAUAAAGCUGAAACAAGCUUUCAAACCUCAUUCUGCUGAAGUUACAGCCUUGGCAUAUGAACGGAAUGGAGCUGUGUUUGCCACAGGGGGUAGAGACAAAACAGUUUUCUUUUUUGCUAUUGAAGAUGAAUACAAGCCAAUUGGAUUCAUCCAUGUCCUUGGGCCUGUGCAGGCAUUACAAUGGUCUCCACCUUCUCACGAGAAGAGCAUGCUGCUCAUCCUUUGUGAGAAUGGCUUUGCUCUCCAGGUUCCUGCCCCAAUCCCUGAGGAACAGGAUACAGCGUCCAGCUAUGAAAUGAAAAACCUGCCCAUGCAAUACUUCCAUUUUUAUAGUAUUAAAUCCCGAAUCAAGGAGAUUGCACUGAGAGAGAAACAAAAGAAGGAGAAGGAGAUAGCAAAGCUUGAAUGGAUAAAGGAGCAAGAGAGAAUGGGAAUGGAGGUAGAAGAAGAUUCCAAAGAGGAACCUGAAGAAGAGCCAUUGCCACCUCUCUACAUACCAGAAGAGCCCAGUCCCAUCCUCUGUGGCUUUUAUUCAGCACCAGGAAAAUUUUGGCUUUCCUUGGGUGGGUAUGACUCAGGGUUUCUCUAUCAUUGUGAAUUCUCACAUGAUCAUCAAGAAGAUCUUGAAAACAGGAAAGAUGAACCCUUUGAAGUCAUACCUGUUGAAGGCACUGACAACAAUCCCAUUCACCACAUCUCCUUCUGUACCAGAGGACUACUGAUGUUCUGUGGGAUGCAGAAUGGUGCACUGCGUGUUUAUCGUCUCCGUGAUCAAGACCUCUCAGUGAAUAGCCUGAAGGAAUACUGGUGCUUCAAUGUGCAUGACAACGAUUAUGGCCAGAUCAGGGGGAUCUGUUCUAGUUUUGAUGAUAAGUUUCUGAUUACCUGUGGCGCAGAUGGAAACAUUUUUACGUUCAAUAUCCUGUCUCCAGAGGAUGUUCGCAAAGAGCUAAAAGCUAAAAUCCCCUUUCCUAGGAGUGGUCUUGAGAAGGAGGAGGAUGCUGAAGACACUGAGGAUGCCUACACCAUUGAGGAAGUCAAGCAGAAAAAGGAGUAUGAACGGAUAAUGAAGGAAGCUGAAGAAAAGAAAAAGAAGAAAAGAGAGGAGAUAGUUUCACUAAGACAGGAGUUCCUUUCUCUCCUUCAAAAGAAUCAGCAGUUGCCCAAGCACAUGCAGCUGCGCAGAGAGGAGUUUGAGAUGGACCAUAGGAUCUUUGAGGAGCUGGAUAGGCAGAGAGCACAGAAAAUCGAGUCAGUGCAAAAGGAGCUGGCUUGGGAGCGUGAGAAACACUUGAUUGGACUGCAGAAACUACAAAAGCAGUUUCAGGACUCACUGGAAUUGACUGUUGUUGUUCGUGCUAUUCAAAGCAACCAUGAGAUUUCCACCUACAGACUUCUAACAACGUAUGAGAAACACUGUCAAGAUGAGGAACAUCUGUCAUGCAAGAGGACAGCAUUUAAACAGGACCAGGAACCAGCAGAAAAAAAGGAGAUCACCACAGAGAAAAAGCAUAUGCGUAGGGGUACUGUAACUUUUGAGGCUGAGGCUGAGAAGCUGAAGAUAUUAGAGGACCAUAAGCCAACUGCACGUUAUAUAGAAAGCAGACGGGAGAAAAUCGAAAGGCUUGUUGAGAAAUCUGACAAAAUGAAAGCUAAGAUCAUGAAGAGGAAGGCAGAAUGGGAUGAAUUAUACAAGAGCAAACCUAGUGAUGACUGUGAGAAUCCCAAAGAUGCUGAGGAGAUCAAAGAAGCACGGGAGAACAUAGGAUGUUAUAAGCUGAAGACUGCCUCUAACUACAAACUCCCUGAACAUGUGAACACUGAGAAGAAGGUGAUGCAGCUUGCAUCCCUGGAAAAGUUGAUCCAUACGAUGAAAGCAGAUAUGAACAAAGAAAUCCUGUCUUUGCGGGAUCUCAAGGUUUCUGUUAUUGAUGAAAUCAAGUGUUUAGUGCAGGAAUUGAAACACGUACAGGCAGCCUUGGAUUUGUCAGAAUGUCUCCCUCUUCCCUCAAUCCCUCAGUUGCACCCAGAUGAAGUUCCUGAAAAAAAAUUCGAAUACAAUAGUGAGAUCCUCCUGAAGUUCAGAGAGGAGCAGGAGGCCAAGGCAAAGCCCCCAGAACAACUGAAAGAGUCUCCAUCAUCUCAUGCAUUUAGGGAUAGGUUUCGCCAAACUCCUUUGAUAAACAAGACUGACCCCAUGGCACAGGCUGCAGGUGGAUGUCCAGUGGAAACAGCAUCAUCUGUGGCAAAAAAGCAGAAGAAGGGUUCUGAGUUUGAGAAAGUAGAGCCAACUGAAAUGGAACUGGAAAUGUUAAAGCAGGAGAAGAUAAAAAAUCUGUACUUGCAAGAGACCUUUAUUAAACAGAUCAACACACUGAUGAUCAGCUUUGAUGCUGAACUUCACCUUUUGCGGCACAAGAAGCUGAAGAUGGAUGUGCCGAUGAUAAGUGCUGAGCUGCGCUACAUCAUGUGGUAUGCAGAGCUGCUUAUCCUGAAGAACUCUGAGAAGCAUGAGGACCUCCUCCAGGGGCGAGUUAACACCCUCAUCAGUGAACAGAAGGCCAUACAAUCAAAGUUGAAGAGCUACCUUGCACAGCUGGAGGAUAGAGAGUGUGAGAUUGUAAAGCUUCAGGAAUGUGAGAAAGCUCUUUAUGCCAACUUCCAAGCAUCCCUUAGAGAAAACAAGAAGUUUGCUGAUUUUCUAACCAAGGUUCUGAAGAAGAAAAUCAAGGGCACGGAAAAAAGAGAAGUAGGAAGAGAAGCAGGUGAAGGACAUGAGAAUGAAGAGGAGGAUGAUGAAGAGUCCAGCUUGAGUACUGAUGAAGAAAAUUCUGGAUCUGAAGAUGAAGUCUUUGACGAUUCUGUUUGCCCAAACGGCUGUGAUGAGGCACUCCUCCAAAACACCAUCCAGCUCCGGCAGCAGCGGUUAGACAUUGAGAAAGAGAAGAAAGUUGCUGCUAACCUCAGAAAGAAAUGUAGUGCCUUGGCCAAUAAGGCAAAAGUAGUGGAAACCAGUCUGGACACGACAAACAAGGAACUGGAGACCAUUCAGUGGGAAAAACAGCAGAGGCUGAAUGAGCUAGAUGUAGCUGUGCCUUUGAAACUCCAUCAGGUGCAGUACUUGGUUAAUGGGGAGAUGCCCAGUGACUUCUCCCAAGCUUUGGUAUUUAGCAGCUCGUCCUUGGAGUCCCUGCGGAAGAGAGUUGGGGAGUUACAUAAUGAAAAUCUAAUGCAAAGAGAGAUCUAUAAUACGGCUCGGGAGCAACACAAGCAGCUUGUCCGGGACAAAAAGGAGAAGGAGAAAGAGAUUCAAGAACUGGAAGAGAAGUGCAAUAAUCUGAUGAUGAAGAAGUUUGGUCGGCAGGUUGAUUUUGAAGCAGUUCAAGCAGAAUCUGUUAAUGUGCACAUGGAGAAGAUGAAAGUGCAAAUAAUGGAGAAAGAAUAUGAGCAUUCCCAGGAGCUCAAAGAAUGGGAGAAAAGAAUCCUAGACCUGCGGAACCAGCUAAUGAAUGUGACAAACGAAAACACCAGCAAGCUGAAGCAGCUGCACCAGUUGACCAUUGAAAAGCAUCAACUUGAAACUAAGCUGGAUUCACUAAAGAAUGAACUGGUAAGCCUUCUAGCCACUCUGCUACACUGUACCACUUUAGCCACUGUGCAAGUUUGGGACUGCUCAGAAAUGGUAAGGGAUAGUGUGGCCCUCACCAGCUCUCUGGUCUCGCAUCCUGCUCUGCAGGACCAGACAGCAGGCUGGGCUAAUAUUGGGACAGGCCAAAUGACUGCUCCAGGUCUGGUAGAAGGGGAUCAGAAUGAGCUGAUCCUGAAGCAGGCCAUGCCUUAG